UCAUGGAUUACCACAGUCGAGAUAGAGCUCAAAUGGGACUUUAUCUUCGGUGUGCCGCAUGCGCCGCCAAGAAUUUGACAGUAACGUAAGGGUGGGGGCGAUGAUAGACGGCCAUAUUGGCUACUUGUGACUUGGGAGGAACGAGUAAAAAAUAACCCAACUUUCUUCAUCCGUCAUUGCUCGAGAGAAAAUGUUGCCUUGUAGGAUUGUUCAUUGAUUAUUGCUACACUAAUCUUGUCAACGUAACUGUGGUUUCACGCCGAAACAUCUCAUUGUUUGCACGAAAACUGUCCUUUCUUCUGCAAAAUGAGUUUCUUCGGUUUCGGCCAAUCCGCCGAUAUAGAGAUCACGUUGGAUGGUGCUGAAACACGGAAGACAGCGGAUAUCAAGACAGAGGAUGGCAAGAAAGAGCGACACUUGCUUUAUUACGAUGGAGAGACAGUGUCGGGCAAGAUUAACAUUAGUCUAAGGAAAACUGGUAAAUUAGAACAUCAUGGUGUCAAAGUAGAAUUUAUUGGGCAAAUUGAGUUAUAUUAUGACAGAGGUAAUCAUCAUGAAUUCACAAGCCUGGUAAAAGAGUUGGCAAGGCCUGGAGAGUUAACACACAAUACAGUAUACACAUUUGAGUUUCCAAAUGUGGAAAAACCAUUUGAGAGUUACACUGGUUCCAAUGUGCGAUUAAGAUACUUCUUGAAAGUGACAAUUGUACGAAGACUUAGUGACAUUGUAAAAGAACUUGAAUUAGUUGUACAUACUCUUAGUUCCUAUCCUGACAUGAAUAAUCCCAUCAAGAUGGAAGUUGGAAUUGAAGACUGUUUGCAUAUCGAAUUUGAAUACAAUAAAAGCAAAUACCACUUGAAGGAUGUAAUUGUUGGCAAAAUAUAUUUUCUUUUGGUUAGAAUAAAAAUAAAACACAUGGAAAUAGCAAUUAUCAAACGAGAAACUACAGGUUCUGGCCCUCAUACAUUUACCGAAAAUGAAACAAUAGCAAAAUAUGAAAUUAUGGAUGGUGCACCUGUUCGAGGAGAAUCUAUUCCUAUAAGGGUAUUCUUAGCUGGAUACGAUCUGGCGCCUACAAUGCGCGAUAUUAAUAAGAAGUUUAGCGUUAGAUAUUAUCUCAAUUUAGUUCUUAUGGAUGAAGAAGAUCGGCGAUACUUUAAGCAGCAAGAGAUAACAUUAUGGAGGAAAGGCGAGAAGAGCAGAAAGUCGCAAACGGCUUCGCCACACAUGCCAUCGCAUUUAGUGUCAGCUGAAACAGGAUUUCCGCAGGGCGCCGCCCAGAAUGGUCCACAAUCAAUGCCACCUAUUACAGGUCAAUUACCAACAAGUAACAUCACGACCGUAGAAGAUACUCCAGCGCCAAUUGAAGGCAUGACGCGAGAAGAGGGAGACGGCGAAGGCGAGAAAGAAGGUGGUCCGGAAAGUGAUUGAGUUUCUGAAUGCAGUUCUGUUUCUGGCGUCAAUUAUGGCCCAGAUUAGUUAAGAAUGUCAAAUAGGCUGAGAUGUGCAGCAAAGAAAUUUAGCUUAAAAAUAUAUCUCCUUUAUUCCAUCGGGAGAUUUGUUUUUAGUAAGAAAAAUAAGCAGGGUAUGCAAAAGAGACGCCUGCUAGCGCGAAGUUGUACAUAUUUUGGAUACAUUAUAUAUAUAUAUAUAUACUUGAGAGCGAAUGAUUUAUAAGUAGCAGAUUAUCGAUCAAAAUUAUCACGAUAAAGUAGAGAAAAAUGCGAAUUUGCCACUUGUGGAGGAAAAUAAUUCCGAGAUUAUUUUUUAACGAGCUCACAUGUUGCUCGUUAUAAAUAUGCAAUGCGAACAAGCAGUAUAAAUAUUCCUCAAUGGACGGCUUACUAAUCAAAUAUUUACCAACACAAUACAUUUUGCAAAACCAUGCUGGGUGUUACAGUGUUCUAAAUGUUUUAUACAGAUUCGCCCACUGACCCGCCCACUGUAUAAUUCUGGAAAAAAAAAAAAAAAAACAUCUGGAAGUCUCUCUUUAUGGCAGCGUAUCAUAUUUUAUGCAAAGAGAGUUUAUAGUAUGAAAUGAAUAUAUACUCACAAAGGCUGCCCCAUAUUAAUCCGUUCACCUAGUCUACGACUGCUAUAAUGAAAGACACAAAAAAAAACUACUUAUGUACAUGAUGUGUGCGCACGAACGCAACAGACACAUACACACACAUUCACGUGUUCUUUUGAAAAAAAAAUGAUUUAUAUACAUGGAAACACAUACAUAUGUAACAUCACGAAAGCGAGAAUGAUCGCACUUAUUUUUAGAACGAGUUUGUACAAAAAAAAAAAGAAAAAAAAACGAGGGAAAGAUAUCGAAUCUUGCAUGAUACAAACUGUAUAGAUUUAUCUUCAGCUUUGAGUUU